UAUGCCUUAGGCUUCAGGCAUUUGUCAUGUGAUUUGAUAGUCACCUCAUGUUCUAUAUCAAGCGGGUUUGGGAUUAAUCGCAAUCGAGCGAUGACUGUUGGCCCUUUUGGCGUUGCUGGUUAGGGUUGCUUCCCAUAGCACUAGAAUACACUAAGUUACAUUAAUUAUAAUUAGUUUAUUCAUCUUUAGUUGUACAGUAAUUAGUGAGCGGGUGCUGAGAUUAUUUACGUAGCACCUAACGCACAAAAUUCCCCACUGCGGUGAAGUGCAAGCCCCAUCCAACAUUUGAAGAUUCUGUCAAUCAAACCACCACCAUUUCAAUACUUGCCUUCUUUAAAGAGUUUAAUUUAUUCGAGCCCUUAUCCACAACAGCGAAUCUGCAGUUUGCAACUACAACCUUCCAGAUGCAGCCACCGUUGCCCUCCCCGUUUCCGACCUGGCAUAAUGCCGAGUACUCUGCCAUUGACCCAACCAACCCCAAGCAUUCCGCCAAAGGUAAGGUGAUUCUCAUCACUGGCGGCGGCGCGGGAAUAGGUCAGGCCGUCGCCCAUGCCUUUGCAUUGGCUGGGGCCACCAAAAUCGCCAUCCUGGGCCGAAGGGAGCAGAAGUUGCUGGACACCAAAGCUGAUCUCGAGGCAAAAUUCCCUGGUGUAGACGUCUAUGCGGCUCGUGCAGAUGUUACCGACCAAGCGGCCAUUGAUGCCGUCUUUCUCAAGGUUGCCAACACUUUCGGCAACAUUGACAUUCUGGUAAACAAUGCGGGUUUCCAGCCGGCUCUUCAACCGAUCAAGGAUGCCAAACUUGAUGAUGUCUGGGAAGCCUACGAAAUCAAUGUAAAAGGCAGCAUCAUUGUCACUAAGGCGUUUCUGCGUCAUGCAAGUGCCAAGGCUUCUCUGAUCAAUUUCAGCACUGGCGUCGCCCACUUGCCGUUCAUGCCUGGCAUGUCGGCAUAUGGUGGGUCCAAGCUUGCAGCGACCAAGUUCUUCGAAUACGUCCAGGCAGAGAAUCCGGAUCUUCAGGUUAUCAAUCUUGCUCCCGGUGUUAUCGUCACGGAGUUGCAACAAAAGAUUAUUGAUGCCGGUAUUAUCUUGCCCUAUGAUGAUAUCAAAUUGCCAGCACACUUCACUGUGUGGGCGGCAAGUCCCGAAGCCGCAUUUCUGAAGGGCAAGUUGAUCUGGUGCAACUGGGAUAUUGACGAACUGAAGGCAAAAAAGAGCGAGCUGGAAACGACUGGAUUUCUUACUCUUGGACUGCGUGGCUUCCCGGAACAGUGAGAUUGAUUGACUGAUUUCGCUCUAAGUAAGUGGUCAGGUGCAUAUGUGUUAUGCUGAAUAACCACAAGAACUUGAGGCACUGAGGGCAUAUAGUGUUCUGGUGAUGACCAGCUAGUGAACUUCAAUCUUUGCUGCUAAUAAGGAUUCACUAAAAGGAUCUAAUCAGUUUCAAACAAUAUCUUAAUCUAGAUAAGAAAGAUAAAGAAGCUCUUGGGAGACUAUCUUUCGCUUAGACUUUCUUAGAUGCUAACUCUAUAACAUUCUAUUCUCCUACUUAA